AUGGCGAUCAAUCACCGGUCGAAGGCCGACUUUUACUUUGACCAUGAUCAUGGUGAUGAUGAUGGUGCAGCAAUAGCAGUAGGAGCAGCAGGAGCAGAGCAGGAUGACGGCCGGCCGCUGUCUCGCUCAUCGCUGCCGCCAUCGCUGCUCAUGAUGCAGUCCCAGUCCCAGUCCCAGCAGCAGCAGCAGCAGCCGCUGGCAAACCUGCAUCUGCAGCAGUGGGCGACGUCACACCAGCUCGGAGACCUCCCGUCGUCGUCGCCGCUCUUCCCGUCCGCCAUCAUGCUCAAUGCCAGCAAUGCUGCUGCUGCGAGCCCACUGCUGGGACCGACGAGCGCGGCGGCGGCGGCGGCGGCGGCGGCGGGCGGCCAAACACGCGGCGGCGGCGGGAAGCCACAACAACAAACGAGCGGAGGCAAGCAAAUCCAGCCGAAUCCUGAAAAAUCAGUGAGCCCGAGUAUCAGCGCAAACGAGCUUCAAGCGGGAUUGCUCAUAGGAUCCGACCCCCGAGCGCGCGACCAAAAUAGCACCGCUGGGUCAGUGCAGCCGUCCAGCCAAUCCCAAACCGCCCAAAACACCCAAGGCGCAAGUCAGAGCCAAGGUCAAGGACAAGCGUAUGGCGCAAGCCAGGGCGCCCCAGGGACCCUCCUUCACCCGCAGGCGCAGGCGCAAGGUCUGGGUGGAAUCGGUGACCAAGCUGAAAUGCUGCGCAGUGCUGCUGCAGCUGCCGCGUCAAGUAGUAUCACUAGUGCAGGUCACGAGCAGCAUCAUGGCGCAGCGAGACUGGGUCGUGCAAGGUCGCAGUCGACCGGAUCGGUCGUUUCAGCCACAUCCACUGAUUCAAGCUCGUCCAACGCGUCUGCUCCCGCAAGUAGUCUACAUCUGAUUCGGCAGCCACACGACUCCAAUAGUGCCACUGCCGUGUUUCCUGCUUCGACACAUCCAGCUCCACGCGGAAGCAACGGCGGCAACCCAAGUUUGGUCUUGCCGCAGUCGUCGUCGUCGUCGUCCUCGUCCCGUGCUGCUGGCACUGUCGUCGUCGUUCCAAGUCAUAGUAAUAGUGGUGCUGCCGCUGCUGGUGGUGGCGGCGGCGGUGGUGGUGGCAACAAUGCUGUUGUGCGACCCCAGAGCCCAACAACUCCAGUUUCACCGCUCGUUCCUCCGCACUUUAUGGUCAACUCGCCGCUUCCACAGCUACAACCGCAUCAACAACCUCCGCACCUCCAUCAGCAACAGCAACAACCGCAAUCACCACAACACGCACAAGCACACCAACAGCAACAACAGCAACAACAGCAACAACCAUCACCACCACCACAACCAUGCUCUCCAGCUACGACCGUCAUCGUCGGCCUCAGCGAACUCAUCAUCACAGAUCGAGCGAACGCGCGAGGCGACAUUUUCGUGCUCGACCGCAACAUGCAAAAGCUGUUUACCUGCCAGACGCAGGGCUUUGUCUCGCCCAACACGCCGGUCGUCUCGUCGCCUGAGAGCCAUGGCCCACCUUCUGCCAGGCAUUCGGCGGAUGAAUCAGGCAUCGCGCCGCCAGCGUCGACGACCCCUGUGAGUGCCGCCGAUGCCACAUUCGCCAACAUCCCGUCGGUCAACCAGCGACCAAAGCCUCAGUCUACCUCACCGACCGGCUCCCUUGGCAGCGACUACGCAAUGUCAUCCGGCGUUCUGGUCAUUCCGUCCGAGUAUCGAUGCAUGCAGUUCACGAUUGUCGAUACUGCAGGCGAUCUGCUUCUCACCAUUCGCAGCCAGCGCAAGGGAGGGCGUGGCCGCUGGUUUCGCAAGGCGUGCAUCUCGAUUUACCGCGAAGGACGCCUUGUGGCCACCAUCAAGAAGCGGCGAGCGAUGCCGUCGUUUCUUGAGCUGCUAGGGUUUGGCAAGGCGCUUCAGGCGGAUCCUGCGGCGACGUCGCCGUUUGCCAUCCACUCGGCAAACCUGUCCGCCGGAAGCCACGAUAGCGACGUGGUCGACGGCAACGACAUUCUUCGGCUUUCCAGCCCAAACACGGGCGCGGCGACGAGCGGCACUGGUCCUGCCGGCAGCAGCAGCUCCAGCUCAUCAGCGAACGGGUCUUCCGCCCGCACUGCUAAUUUUGCCGUCGACAAGCGCAUCCGAGCUCACAUCAAGCUCGUCGAGGAGCGGCGCGAGCUGGGCGAUGAAGCGCUGAUCAGCAUUGCCCGAAACUCGACGUCCAACAACUACGAGUUCCGUCGCUGCGGCUCUGGCUUUCUGUCCGCCGCGCUGCUGAUGGGAGGCAGUCGCAAAAUCCUGGGCAAAGACGGCUUCCGCCACACUGCUUGGAUUGGAGCCGACAACGAUGCGGACAUUAUUCUCGCGUGCAUGCUCAUGAUUUACCGCGGCGAGCUAGAAUAGGUUUGCUUCUAACAUGCGCAUUUGCUCAUUCUUUGCGCUUUUUUAUUGCUUGAAAAACAAAAGAUUUUGGUACAUUAAAAUUGAUUGAUAUUGG